CCACAGAACAACCGAAAAAGAAGCAAAAACGCAACAAGCCGACUUUGUCUUGCUUUGAAUGCGUCGAGAGGAAGACCAAGGCAUCAAACGCCAGACAAACUGCGAAUAUGCCCAUGUUGCGAAUCUUCUUGAGUAUGUAUUCCUCCAGCAUCGCUCGAGCCGCGACCUAAAACCUAGGCAGGGAAACCACUCGAAGCGCAACUAAUGGCCGCCGGAUGACCCGCCCCCCAAAGAAGCGUCCCGGUGGAAUCAGCCAUGUUAUGCCCAACGCGGCCGACCGCGGCUUCAACGUUGGGCGUCUCAAGGCACUAGGCUCCGUGGCCACGUCCACGGGCCUCCUGUCCAACGUCCCCUACUCCGCCCCCGGUUCGUCUAACGUCUUUGGCAUCGGGUCGGAGCACCCGUUCGCAAACUAUUGGACUUGCGAGGGCGGUUUGCCAGAGGUCAUCUCCGUUCUCCCCGACAAGUUGCAGGCCGACAUUCUCCUCAACCGCUAUUUCGAGUGCGUCGACCCGGUGUACCCCAUGCUCCAUCGGCAGACCUUCUACGCAGACUAUGAGCAUUUUUGGUCCUUAUCCCGGGCUGAAAAAGACCGCUCCGAUGCUGCCUUUGUAGCGCUGAUUUUUGUCAUGUUGGCGCUGGGGACGCAGUUUGUCACCUCCACAAACCCUGCGGAACGCAAGCAGACGGCCGAGUUCUACGCAUCCGCGAGUAACCAGGCGCUGCGCAUGUGCUCAUACCUGAGCACCGCGUCCAUCAGGACCAUCCAAGCGAUGGUCCUGAUCACGUAUUUUCUCAUCAAUGACAAUCAUGCAUCGGAUGGCUGGGCCUUUGCCGGAAUCCUGAUGCGGCAGGCUUAUGCAAUGGGUUUACACCGCGACCCAAACAUCGUGGUUCCCGACGCAUCACCUUUCGAGAAACAACAACGCCGUAAAGUCUGGCAGGCCGUUCUGCUCCAGGACACCUUCCUCACCGUUCUCCUCUCCCUCCCGCCGAACGCCACACACACGGACGUCAAUGUCGAUGACCUGAUCGAAGACGACUCGUCUAUCGCCUCAGACGACCCCACCGACACGGCUUAUAUCCGCGGCUCCUGGACGUUGGCCAACCUGGUGCAGGAAACCAUCUGCUCGCCACGCUCACUCGACGUGCCCAUCUGCACCACGGCGCGGCACAAGUCCAAGCUGAUUGGCGAUUUCCGCGCCGUAUACCGCUCCUUCCCGGACGUUUUCCGCUCUUGGGACCCGGAUGCCCUGGCCCAGCUCGCCCUUACCAACAAACGCGUCGUCCGUCAGACCCUGUUCCUCACGAGCAACUACUUUCACAACCUGAUGCUCGUGCAUGCUUCGGAGAGCCCCGACGUGCCUGUUAAUGUUCGCGGGACCCUAGAGGCCGCGCACGACGCCAUCACGGCUUUUUUUGUCUUGUUCGCGCUGUUCGAGGACGAGGCGAGGGUGUGGUGGGUGUUCAAUCAUCGUGCUUUUCUGGAGGCAUUGUGCAUCGGGAACGUGCUGAGGGAGGUGGCGAGGGAGCCCGGGGCCGAAGAGACCAUGGCGAAGGACCCCUUAUUCGUUAGGGCCAGGGCAGACAUUCAUCGGAUGAUACAAAUCAUGCAGGUCAUGAGCGAAGGCGAGCAAGGGUCGCAGACGGCCCGGACAAGGGUGCAAGUUCUCAGCGAGUUCUUGAUCUAGGAGAGCGUACUGAUCAGGGCCGAUAGAAAGGGGGUGGAAUCUGGGCCAGCCUUGGUAAAGGUAUGUCGAGAUUCCAGGUUUGGAGAGUUGAUUUCUCGGGAGACAAAGUAAAAACAGUUUGUCGGGCCUUGUAAGUUGCGUGGGGGUUUCUUCUCUCUGUUUAUGUAUUUAUUUAUUUUUUCUUUCUCGUUAUGUUUCCUGGCUGGUGGGUUGAGCGUAUAUACCGUCCUGUUUCGAGUUACUGUAUACAUCUGCCUAAGUGUAUCUUGAAAAGGUAGCGUAUAUACUAGUAGCAUUCUUUGCCCAAUGAUGGUACUUGGU